AUGAGUAGCGAGGAGGAGCAUCAUCUGGUGACGUCGUCGGACGAGUUGACGUUCAGAAGACUGGAGGACGAGGUGGAAGAAGUCGGUGAUGACGUGGCAAGUGGAAUGGGAGGAGGAGAGCGAAAGGAGCAAAAGGAGAAGAGUAAACUUUGUGGAAAGCACGGAGGACGAGGCUGA